CUCUGCUUGCUGAAGGGACACUAAAAGCUCAAGGCAUUCUUCCGAGCUGUACAUGUUAGCUCGUAGACAAACGUGAAUUGCUCUUACUCUGCUUUGUCUCACUUAAAUCCUAUCAGUCAAGAGCGCCCUCCUAUGGUGAAUCCAAUUAUGGCAAGCAAGGCGAGUGCAUUAAAUUAUGGGCAGUUACAGGACCAGGAAGAAGAGUUAUGCUAUCUACGUGUACAAAGUGUUGAAGCAGGUUCACCCUGACACUGGAAUCUCCUCUAAGGCGUCUCGUCUCGCUCACUAUAACAAGCGCUCCACCAUCACAUCGAGAGAGAUCCAGACCGCCGUGCGUCUGCUGCUGCCCGGGGAGCUGGCCAAACACGCCGUGUCUGAGGGCACAAAAAGUACACCAAGUACACCAGCUCCAAUUCACUUCCUUGUUUUUGCCAACUGCUGUUCCUGA